AUGUUCAGGAAAAUCAACAAUGCCUUCCGUCCCAACCAUCAGGGACACCGAGGGCGGAAUGGAGGUGGUGGGGUCCGCUCUGAGCACGACUACCACAACGCCUGCACAGUCAGGCUGGUCCGCAGCACCUCCAUGCUCGUGGUGGGGGAGAGAACUCAGGCAGCAGCAGGCUCAACUUUGAAACGCAGCAAAAGUACAGUCAGCAUCGAAUCCACCUUGUACUAUUAUCAGAAACAAGAGGACAGAAUAUGGCUGUACUCUCAGAAGCAGAACUGCCUGGAGUACCUGGAGGCCCUCGUGGCUUUGAGACGGCGCUACACAAAGAGCAUGAGUGACUUGAAAAGUGCUGACGUCAAGGCCACUGUGUCCUCCAGGAAGAAGCCAGCUCCCCCACCACCCAACAAGGAAGAACAGAUACAACGAGCCAAACCCUCUGCCCCUCCAGUCUCCAGUGAGGAAGACUCUUUGCAGUUCUUUGAUGAAGUCAUCGCCAGCUGCGACAACGAGCCUGAGCGCAAACCUUACAUGGACGACGGACACGCAGACGUGGAUUUCAUAGUGGCCUCCAGCUCGGUUGAACACGACCUCCACUCCAACUGGGUCUUGCGGGUUCCUCGGACCACAGAUGAUUCCAAGCAGACAGCAGAAUGUCCCAGUGCCAAUGAAAGCACCUCAAAGAAGAAAAAACACAGCGGGUCCACGAGCAGCAGACUGCGACUUCAGAGGAACCCGAUCCACCUGCCCAAAGUGGUUGCGAGUGCAUUCCAGACUCUGCGCUUCAAGCCCAAAUUAAAAAAGCACUGAGGUUUGAAAAAGACAUUUGAACCAGCAGUGGUGUCACACUGUGAACAAAGACCAUGACCUAGACUCUGUCUAGACAAGUAAAAUGGACAUAAAAACAAUUUUAAUAAAUAAUUUUGGUAAAACAAGCUAACUGGUGACAUGAAUUGAAUUCUCCAAAAUAGAAACAAAGGUAUUUCCCAUCACAUUAUGAGUGGCUGUUUUGUUAAGUGUCUCAGGAGCCAUGUUGUCACAGGUAGUACUGUAUAUGAAAAUGGAUGCAGUCUUCAAGUUGUAAAGCAAGAGAUUCACUAUUUGACCUGCAGACAGUUUUUGUAACUGCAAGUUCAGACAUCACCUGCAAACAUCCACUAGCUGUCAAUCACAAUGAUGUCUUCUCCUAUGUGCCAUGCUUAAUCAUCUAUUUACAUACUACUGUCAUUAUUUAUAUCAGGGCAUGUGCAAGUAUCUACAGAAAAGGUCAAUCUAAUCAUCACUGAUUUGAAAUAUUUCAUCAACAUUAUUAUCAACAAUAACCACCAAUAUGCUAAUAUACAUUUGAAAUGCAAGUUCAUCUUUGCAGCAGGAUAUAAUUAAACAUUCUUAAUUACUUUCAACACAAAUCUGAGGCCUUUGAAUAAUAUUUCUUCCAAGACUUUUUUUAAAUUUAAAUAGAGGGAAAUAUCCUUGACUGUGGUGGGUGUGGAGUUUAGUUUGUGUACAGUUUACGGUUCAGACCUGCAGAGACUGCGCUCCUGCCAGGCAUCAAAGCCAACUCUAACAUUCAACAAAGGCUCCUUAAAAGCCGUUUUAUUUAAGAGUGGUUCAGAUUCGCAAGGAGAGUCCAAGGGCUGAGCAGUCUGAAUAGAUCAAAACCUACUUAGGUUAUUCAGCGCUGUACUGCUGAAGUUAAAUCGGUGGCAAAGAUGAAGGGCACAUUUAAGACUGACUUCACCAUUAUGUUAUGCAGAUUUUUUUUAAACAACUAAUUUUACUUGCCCAGGUUCUGAGAUACCAUUAGACAUUCUUAA